AUGUCUGUUCAGCCAAAGGUUGUCGUUAAGACACACUUACCAACCCAACCGUUCCCACUUAACGCAGAGAGGAAACCCAUCCGUACGGAAAGACUCAUCAUCCGCCCAUUUUCUGAAGAUGACCUUGAUGGGAUGUAUGCCCUGCGUACGCAACCAGAGGUUAUGAAGUAUACAGCAGUUGGGCGGAUCGACGCCAACAGGGAGGAAACUCAGGCGUUCAUGGCUCGUUUUAUGCCACCCGAAGACGUUCGGACUUACAACAACAUAAUCACACUCGCAUCGACAGGUGAGAUAAUUGGAGUAGGAGGAGGCGUAUCUAGGCCAGAGUCCGUUUUCGGCUGGCCUGAGAUCGGAUACUUGUUCAAAAAAGAAUAUUGGGGGCAGGGCUAUGCUACAGAAUUCCUUAAGGCAUGGUUGAACGAUUGGUGGACACUGCCACGGUCUGAGGUUGAGGCACAGGUCGAUGUGCAGUCGGUAGAUGGGGCCGGAGAGGUGCCGGAGAUGAUCACGGCGUUUAUUGAGGAGUCAAACGUAGGAAGUCGACGCGUCCUCGAGAAGGCUGGGUUCCGAGAGUUUAAACAGUGGAAUGAGCCUGAUGCUCGAGACGGAUAUGAGAGAGAUGUGACUCUUGUUGGAUUUGUCUUAUCAUCUGCCGACAUAAAGAACUAG